UCAAAUAUUUCAUAGCAAAUGCAACAACAACAACAAUAGCAAUAACAAUAACAACUAUAAAUUAACAUGACUACCGAUGAGAAAGAUCACAUACUAUAAAGAUUGAUCUUCAUUUUAAAAAAUAAGGAGAGAAAACCAAAAAAUGAUCAAUUUAAAUAAAACAAUUUUCAAGAAGAAACUUAUUUUGACACCUUGUUAGAUGGAAUAGAAAAGGAUUCUCAUAUCUCUAAAAUAUCCUCAGACACUCAUUCAAGUUACAUUGAAAUUAAGAUUUCAGAUUAUGAAGCUCAAUUAUUAAAAAGCCUUCUUGAAAACUUAUAAAGAGAAGUUAAAGAAGCUUAAUCUUAAUUUUCAGUUUAGGAGAAGAUAGGUAAAGGAAGAUCAGACUUACAAAAUCAAUAAAUUUCUUAUGUUUAUGAACCUAAGAGAAAUGUAAAAUCAGAUGUUGUCUAACCAAUCAUUUAGGAGGAUACUGAAGAAGAAGUAAUUUUUUCUGAUUAGAUGCCUUAAAAAAAGAGCUAAAAACUCUUGAGUAAACAAUAAAUUUUAGAAAGUCUUAAGAACAUGAGAAACACUUAUAAUAAGCGGCUUUAAGAUCUUAAGAAUACAAAGCAGACUAAUAAUAGUCAUGCGAAAAUAAAGAAAUUAAAAGAUAAAACUCCUAAAUUUAGAACGAAUUAACAAGAAAAUCAUAAAGAUUUAAUAAUUAUAUUGGAGUUUAAACAAGUACUAAAUGAUAUUCAAUAAACGUUAUAAUAAUAUGAUUAAGAAAUGGAAGGAUUAGUUUGAUGAAUUCUAGAACAAAAGUACUAAUGUAGGUAUUAAUGCAAC